AUGGAGGCACUAGAGUCACUUAGGAAAAACGCAGAUUAUAUAUCCACGAAACUCGAAGCCAAGACUGGCCUGAAGCGGAAGCUAGCCGCUUUGAAGAUAAUAAUUGGAAAGGAAAGCUCAGAUGAACUCGCCAGCACACUGAAGGAGGCAAUAUCAGUGCUGCACUUAGCAGUACAGGCCUGGGACUUGACUAUCUCGAUAGUGACACCUGAUCUAAUUGCAGCUCAGGUCACCAAAACACUCAACGACCAUUUCGGAAGCUCUAGAUUUGAGAAGCAACCACAGAUCAAGGCCCAAAAGCAAGAUGAAUCUCGCUGCGAUGUCAUAGAGAUUGAUGAAUCUCAACUGUCACGCAUCCCGAGAGACAAUGCAAAGCUCAACAAGAAAUAUACCGCUUCGAGAUUUGGCCGUUUCACCAUGGCCUAUGCCACCACCACUGGUGCGUGGUAG